UCUCGUCCCGCCCAGGUCCGCUUCGCGGGCGCGACGCACUUCAGCUCCGGCGCGUGGAUCGGCGUCGAGCUCGACGCCGUCGACGGCAAGCACGACGGCGUCGUCAACGGGCGGCGCUACUUCCAGUGCGACGCCGCGCGGGGCUUGUUCGUGCGGCCGAGCCACGUU